AUGGGCACCCUCCUUUUGUAUGCUGCAGCAGUCGCUCUUUUACUACCCGUCGUUCCAGCUUCUCAUGUUCGCGCCGGUUCUCACUUGCGCCGUCGUCAAAGUGUUUCAGGACCAAAUCUUCCGGCAAGUUGGACGUCUCAAGGAUGUUAUACCGACAAUCCCGCAUCUCGCACCCUUACUGGAUCGACCUAUACCGACACCACAAAUAUGACUGUCGAGUCAUGCGUCAGCUUCUGUAUAGCCGACUCGUACGUUUAUGCCGGUGUCGAGUACGCACAGGAGUGCUAUUGUGGGAACGGUCUUGAAAACGGGGGUAUUAACACCACUGCCACAGAGUGUAACUACGCCUGCACCGGGAACGCUAACGAGACGUGCGGUGCUGCAGACCGUUUGAGCCUGUACUGGAGUGGUGCUCAACCACCUGCGCCACCCAUCACUGUCCCUAGUGUGGGGUUGUGGGUCUCGCUCGGUUGCUACAGUGACUCGGUCAACAACCGUACUCUCAGUGCGCAGAUAGGUACUCAAGGAUCGGUUACUGUCGAAUCUUGCACAAGUGCGUGCUACAAUGCCGGCUAUCCUUUCGCUGGGAUUGAAUAUGCAGCCCAAUGCUUCUGUGGCGCAAAUUUGGGGAAUGGUGGUGCGCCAAUCUCGUUGUCGAGCUGCGACAUGCCAUGUGCCGGAAACAGCUCCGAAUACUGCGGUGGUCCCGACGCGCUCAACAUGUACAACUAUACGGGUACUGUGCCUCCUCCAACAUCACCUCCCGGUGGCGGUGGCGGCGGUGGAGGAUCCAGCUCUCCUGUGUAUCCAGUGACCAGCGGACUGCUAUAUCCUUGGGCAUACGCUGCUUGCUAUGUGGAUAAUGCAUACGGUCGCGUGAUGAGCUAUGAAUUUCCGGACAACCAGAAUCUCACCGUUGAAAUAUGUAUCGAGGGUUGCGCGGCACAGAACUAUACGCUGGCUGCAAUGGAGUACAGCGUUCAAUGCUUCUGCGCGGAUGAUUUGGUCAACGGCGCUGUUACCGCCGGGGAAUCCUCUUGCGACAUGGGAUGUGGGGCAAAUGCCACGGAAGCUUGUGGCGGGCCGAACGCCCUCUCGGUGUACACCUCGACUGGGAACGUGACCGUAUACCCCGUUCCAAUUACUCUGAACACUAGUCUUCCUGGAGAGUGGCAGUACCAAGGAUGUCUUGAAGAACCAGGAGCGAACAGAACAUUCCCCUAUCAGAACAUCUGGACCGAUAACAAUACGGUUGAAGCAUGCUUAAACCAGUGUGCUCUGUUCGGCUAUCCCGCUGCUGGCCUCGAGUACGGCAAUGAAUGCUGGUGCGGAGACGUGUCUGAUGUUGCUGCCAAUAGUCCCGGCUUUUCAGCAGCUUCAGACUGUUCCAUGGCGUGUUCUGGGGACCCGAUUCACCUGUGCGGAGGUCCGGAGAGAUUGCAGCUCUACUACUGGAAUGGAUCCUUGAAUACCUGGAACACACCUGAAGUUACCGGGUGGUACGAGUUCCUCAUUGGUGGCCUUGUGGUUCCCCUUGUUGCAACACUUGGGAUCAACAAUAAGAUCUCCUUCGUUGAGAAAUAUGGUACGAGCGAAUAUGCUAACUCAACGGGCGCAUAUGAACUGGACCUCUCGCUCACCAAUAACUUCGAGUUGGCAUGGCGCACGAUGCACGUGAAGACAGAUGUCUUCUGUUCCGGAUCCAUUGUUUUACCCGAUAGAGGCGCCAGGCAGAUCAAUGUCGGCGGAUGGAGUCUGGAGAGUACCUACGGUGUCAGACUGUAUACUCCGGACGGCAGCCCCGGUGUCAACGGAACAAAUGACUGGGAGGAAAAUUACGAGGAACUCAGUCUGCAGCGUGGGCGUUGGUAUCCUUCUGCUCUUCUGCUGUCGAAUGGAAGCAUUCUCGUGGUGGGUGGUGAAGUUGGAAGCAAUGGUGCACCCGAACCCACCUUAGAGAUACUACCCACGCCGGCAGGAGGACCCACGUAUAUGUUCCUGGACUAUUUAAAUCGUACCGAUCCGAACAACCUCUAUCCAUUCCUGCACGUCCUUCCAAGUGGACGCAUCUUCAUCGGCUAUUACAACGAAGCGCGAAUCCUCGACCCUGUGACGCUCGACACUGUGCAGGUGCUGCCCAACAUGCCCGGAUCCGUUACCAGUUUCCUUGCUGGUAGAACAUAUCCGAUGGAAGCGACCGCCGUUCUUUUCCCACAAUACGCACCCUACACUGAUCCUGUGACACUUCUCAUCUGUGGUGGGUCUAACUUCGGUAUCGCCCUUGACAAUUGCGUCAGUAUCGUGCCGGAGGCUGAGAACCCUGAAUGGACGAUCGAGAGAAUGCCCUCCAAGCGAGUGAUGACAUGCAUUGCUACACUUCCCGAUGGAACGUUCCUCAUCGUCAACGGUGCUCAAGCUGGAGUUGCUGGCUUUGGUCUCGGAUCUAAUCCUAACUACAAUGCCUUGCUCUACGACCCUUCCAAGCCAGUCAGCCAGCGUAUAUCUAUACUCAACACCACCAUCGUCGCUCGCAUGUACCAUUCGGAGGCCACUCUUCUUCCUGACGGUAGGGUUCUCAUCUCUGGAAGUGACCCGCAGACUCCGGGAUACCCCGAAGAAAUGAGAAUCGAGGUGUAUAUUCCGCCGUACUUGGUCACAGGACUAAAGCAGCCCAACUUCACGGUGGCGGAGAAUGACUGGGACUAUGGUGGCACGUAUACCAUCACAGUCAGCCUCUACCAAGGUACGACCGACACGAUGAGGGUCUCUCUAGUCGCUGCCACAUCCAGUACCCAUGGAAACAUGAUGGACGGAAGGAUCCUCUUCCCCGAGUUCUCGUGCCAGGGCAACACUUGCACGGUCACAGCACCGCCGAAUACGUACGUCUCGCCCCCCGGCUGGUUCCAGUUGUUCGUCCUUGACGGCCCGACGCCCUCUACCUCCAACUGGGUCCGCAUUGGCGGAGACCCCGCCGAGCUUGGCAACUGGCCGAACUUCCCCGACUUCACUCUACCUGGGGUGGGUCCGUUGUAA